AUGCUUCUUCAGCCCACCCUCUCUACACCCAAUUCCAUGGAAAGCUGGCUGAAACUAUCUGGAGCGGUCGGCUUGGACGACCUGGUGCUUGCCGAUUUCCCGGUCACCGGGCGCGGUGUCAGAACACUGCGGCGUCUCAAGGAAGGAGAGAGGAUUCUCACCAUUCCAUGUGGCAAUCUCUGGACGGUCGAACAUGCAUACGCUGAUCCCCUUCUUGGACCAGCUCUGCGCUCUGCGCGGCCGCCCUUGUCUGUCGAAGACGCCUUGGCUACGUACAUUCUCUUUAUCCGAUCUCGCGAGUCGGGAUACGAUGGCCUGCGAAGCCAUGUGGCGGCGUUACCUACGAGCUACUCCUCAAGCAUCUUCUUUGCGGAGGACGAGUUGGAAGUUUGCGCUGGAGCUUCACUGUACACCAUCACGAAGCAGCUGGAUCGAUCGAUCGAAAAUGAUUACAGGGCAUUAGUCGUGCGAGUGCUUGGACAGUAUCGAGAUCUUUUCCCACUCGACAAGUUCACCAUCGAAGAUUACAAGUGGGCUCUCUGCACCGUGUGGAGUCGUGCGAUGGAUUUUGUCCUGCCCAAUGGAAAUUCGAUUCGACUUUUGGCGCCCUUCGCGGAUAUGUUGAACCACUCGUCCGAGGUUAAGCCGUGUCAUGUCUACGAUGUCUCGUCUGGAAAUCUCUCUGUCCUUGCAGGGAAAGAUUACGAAGCCGGAGAUCAGGUUUUUAUCUGUUAUGGACCCAUUCCGAAUAGUCGCCUUUUGCGUCUCUAUGGCUUUGUCCUGCCCGGUAAUCCUAACGACAGCUAUGAUCUCGUUCUUGCAACGCACCCUCAUGCGCCAUUUUUCGAGCAAAAGCAUAAGCUCUGGGUAUCGGCUGGGCUCAAUUCGACCUGUACCAUCUCCCUCACUCUCACCGAUCCGCUACCGAAAAAUGUCCUUCGAUACCUCCGUAUUCAGCGAUUGGACGAAUCGGAUCUCGCUGUCACAGCGCUUCAGCAAAUCGAUGCUACGGAGGAGAAAAUCAGCGAUUCGAACGAAGCGGAAGUCCUGCGGUUUUUGGUAGAAUCGUUCAGUCGUCUUCUAGAUAGUUUCGGAACGCAGCUGGAAAAGCUAGAAGAACAACUUGCGGAGGGUGUCUAUCCUUCGGGUGGGAACGCAUGGGCUGCGGCGCACGUUAGCUUGGGCGAACAACGGGUGUUAAGAUUGGCGAGAAAGAGAGCGGAGGACUUGCUAUCGGCUGUGGAGAGCGGAAGUGGCAAUGUGAGGGGUUCGCUGUCGGCACUGGCGCGAUGCGCGAAUUGCGAGAAGGUUCCUGCGCAGUUGAUGCUGUGUGGGAGGUGCAAAGCCGUUCCGUAUUGCGGGCGGAUGUGCCAGGUCGCUCAUUACAAAGAGCACAAGGCAAUAUGUCGAGCUACCGCUUCUAAGAGCGGUUCUGAGAUGAAAUGA